GGUUUUUAGACGGACUGUGAAGUUGGACGUACCGGGGACAUAUAUGUCUAACGGGCUGUCCCGAUUCAAGCAUGAAAGCGGAUUCCGUAUCGUCUAUUCCCAUUUUAGCUGAAUAGGACGCCGUUAGGUACCAUCCUUUUUCUCUGUCAUGACCUUCAGAAUUGUCGUGUAAUAAUAAAAACGCCCGAGUAACAUACUGAAUUGGCUUCUGAUACUACGCCAGGUCAGUAAAUAACUGAACUAAUGUCAAACACAAAUAUUUUAUAUGAUAGUUGUGGUAGUUAUACAUUAGCUGCUAUGAGGUAGAAUUUCUGCCACCGUCCCCAAAACGUAUUAUUAUUUUCCUAGCAACAUUCAACAUUUUGACAGCUCAACGCUUUCCGGGUUUCUAUAACGUUACUUUGGAAUGGGCAGAUACUCUUCUCGAUGUUAAGACAUAUUUGGCUCCACAUGUCGAGUGCCUGAAUGACAUUUCCCAACCUAGCUAUCGUUAGCAGUCAUACAGUAAUCUGUUCAGUGGGAUAAACAAAACGGCAAAAUGUUAGCUAAGUCGCGCUAAAAGUAGCUAACUACAGUAUAUGGUUGCUCAGUUAGAGCUAAAUCCGACAGGUUGCUACAAAGCUUUUGCUCUUGGAGCUUGCUAACUAAGCAUGGAAUACCUCAGGGCUUUAAAACCCUUGUUUACCAUUACCGAACACUGGAUAGCCAUCAGGUAUAUCCAGCCCAGAUAUUGUUCUAAAUUAUCUACCAGUGCUACUUCAAGGGAGAGGAGGACAACUAUGGACAAGUUCAAGUGUCAGAUAUCCUCUGGUCCAAGUUUUCAGGAUUUCAUCAAAGGAGUUUCAGUUAAUAAGACUUAUGCUGCAGAUGGCGAGUACACUGCCAAACAUAGUUAUCUUUCUGAGGACUUGGAGAUGGGGAAUUCACGGAAAGUGUAUUUUGAAACCUAUGGAUGCCAAAUGAAUGUGAACGACACAGAGAUAGCCUGGUCCAUACUACAGAGGAAGGGAUAUCAACGCACGGUUGACUUAAGUGAGGCGGAUGUUGUCCUCCUGGUAACAUGCUCCAUAAGAGAAAAAGCUGAACAAACUAUUUGGAAUAGACUACAACAACUAACAGCUAUGAAGAAGAGACGAUUUAAGACCCACACACCAAUGAAAAUUGGGAUUUUAGGGUGCAUGGCAGAGAGGCUAAAGACAAAACUUUUGGAGCGGGAGAAGCUUGUAGAUGUUCUUGCUGGUCCAGACGCCUACCGGGACCUUCCCCGCCUCUUGGCUGUAGCUGACGGAGGUCAUCAGGCAAGCAAUGUGCUGCUGUCGUUAGAGGAGACCUAUGCUGACAUCAUGCCUGUCCACCAUGCUCCUCAGGGAUAUAGUGCUUUUGUGUCCAUCAUGCGAGGCUGUGACAACAUGUGUAGUUACUGCAUUGUUCCCUUCACCCGAGGGAGAGAGAGGAGUCGACCUGUCAGCUCCAUACUUGAGGAAGUUCGUAUGCUCUCUGACCAGGGCGUAAAGGAGGUGACUUUGCUGGGCCAGAAUGUGAACAGCUACAGAGACACAUCAGAAGAACAGUUCUGUGGCUCAGAUCUGACCAAGCUCAGCCGGGGGUUUAAGACCGUCUACAGAACAAAACAGGGAGGUCUGCGCUUCUCCGACCUGCUGGACCGAGUGUCGCACAUCGAUCCUGACAUGAGGAUCAGAUUCACUUCCCCUCAUCCCAAGGAUUUUCCUGAUGAGGUUUUGCAUCUGAUUGCGGAGCGAGGGAACAUUUGUCAGCAGAUCCACCUUCCAGUCCAGAGUGGGAGCAGCAAGGUCCUAAAAGCAAUGCGCCGUGGGUACACGAGAGAGGCCUACCUUGAUCUUGUGAAGAACAUCAAGAGAAUUAUCCCAGAGGUGAGUCUCAGCAGUGACUUCAUCUCAGGCUUCUGUGGUGAAACAGAGGACGACCACCAUCAGACUCUGUCUCUGAUCAGAAAGGUGGGCUACAAUGUGGGAUUCCUGUUUGCCUACAGUAUGAGAAAGGUGAGCUCUUGUGGGUUUGUAUUAAAUCCAAGCUGUUAUUUUCAAAAGUGUUCUUUUCAGUUGCCCCAUAAAUUAUCUAGUUUUUGGAACUGCCCCUGUGAUUUACGUACUCAGAAAACCCACGCCUCCCAUUGGCUACAAGAUGACGUGCCAGCAGAGGUGAAGCAGCAGAGGCUGGAGGAGUGUAUCAGUGUAUUCAGAGAGGAAGCUGCGAGGGUCAACGCUGCUCUCAUUGGCAGCACACAGCUUGUCCUGGUGGAGGGAGAAAGUAAAAGAUCUAUCAAGGACCUGUGUGGGAGAACUGAUGGCAAUAUGAAAGUGAUUUUCCCCAAAGAGGAUGUUGCUGUUCAGCCUGCAGAAUCCAACACUGCACUGGUCAAUGCUGGAGACUAUGUGCUGGUGAAGAUAUUGUCGGCCAACUCCCAGAGCCUGAGAGGCCGAGCCCUCAGUCACAGCUCCCUGAGAGGCACAGUGAAGCACUGAGACUCUGCCUAGGCACCAGCUUGAUGAACAUGUGAAUGAAACAUGCCCUUGAUUGACACUGAAACCACAGGAAACAAACUCUUAUGUUUUUGAGAUAACUAGCACACUGCCUUCUUCUCUUGAAUGACUUUGAAGACACAUGGAGGCUGUUGGGAAUGUAUGGGAAUUUUGAUCAUCUUAGUCACAUUGGACUGCUGUGAUGAGCUAUGAAAACUGCAAUGUGUUAUUUAUGUAUGUAUAUAUUGAACUGCUGAAGAUACUGAAACCUGUUCGGAUGAUGUAUAUUAUACAGUUUGUUUUAAUACAUAAUACCGUCCGUGGCUGAUUUGUUUUGUCUGAAGCAGUGGUACUUGAUUGAUGUUAUGGGAUUUUUUAUGGGACUCUACAAGCUCCAAAAAAAAAUGUCAUGCAUCAGCACAUUUGUAGAAUUGCUCUGUGAGCUACAAAGUCAGAAACUUUGAGAAAAAAUUUGCCUAAAGUCAGCAGCAGAAAGUGCUGUGAACUGCUUUGGAAGGAGCAUGUUAUUUCAAAAAGAUGAUUGUGGUGGCAAAAAGCAAACCCUGCAAACUGUCCUGUUAUGACAAGACUGCAUCAACCCUGUUGUAAAAGUUCACUGCCUCCAUCUACAUUUUGUAUGUAGAAAACCUGGUCUGAGUUCACAUUUUAAAAGAAAAAUAGUAUAAAAACAGAAAUUAUAAAAAUCUGAGGUGAUAUCCAAAUGCAAACUGGAGAUCUGCAUUUCUCAGGCUCGUAGGAAAAGUAAUACUUGUAUCAUUCAUUUUGUCAGGUAGUAAUCUGGCUGUUAUUGUGUCUUUAUGGUGGCAUGCCCCAGUGCAGAAGGGAAUCCUGGAAGUUUUCAGAAAUGCCAUUCAACCCGUGAACUGAACAUCUGUCCCAAUCAGCAUAUAGUCCUAGAGGAAAAUAAAGCACCGCAACAACAGUUAAUAACAGCUUUGAGAUUAGGAAUUCUGUUAAUCAGCUAGAUUUUUAAGAUGGUUUCUACCAAGUUCUUAGCCCUCAUUAAAAUCCCUGUCAUAUAAUAAAUGCAGCUCACUCAAAAGCAUGCAGUUUUAUAGAAAACAUCCAGUCUCUGACCUUCAGGACCUGAAGCUGAGUGUUCACAAGCUUCAUCUUUCCAAGUGUAGGAAGUGGGUAUCCCUUUGCAAGUUGAACUGUGAGGCAAAAUUCAGCAAUUUAGAUUAACUAGUCACAAAAAUCCAAUGUGACAAACAUAGUGAUAUUAUUAGCAGGUGGUUUAUUAGAAAUUUGGAUUAUAUGGCACAAUUCCUGCAUUUAAUGCUGCUUAAAGUGCUUUACAUAAAAAGAUAAACAUAUAAAAGAACUACAGCACACAAGACAAGUUUAAAAAAAAACUAAGAUAAGAAGACAAUGAGUUUAAAGCUGGUGCAAUUACAAUGAAAAUAAAAAAAUAAAAAUAGUGAUAUAAAGUGAUAUACAAAUAGACACUAGCAAUGUGCAAGGAGGUAAAAUAAAUGACAUUAAUAAAUACAAAGUUGUUUUAAAAAGAGCAA